UUACCUUCUUGCUUUCUAACUCUGUUACCUUCUGUAGGUUAUGUGUGUCAUUCCUAUUAUCACAGCAUAAGACGUGUCGGUUUCCAGCUGUAUUGGUGAUGCGCGUGCCAGUGCGUUGGGUAUUAUGGGAUGUGAAGGACACACUGUUAAAGGUCCGGCGGUCGGUUGGAGUGCAAUACUGCAGCGAAGCAGAGCGAGCCGGGCUAAAGCUGCCACCUGCACAGGUAGAAACUGCUUUCAGACAGGCUUACCGGCAGCAAUCACGCUUAUUUCCCAACUACGGCAGAGCUCAGGGCAUGAGCAGUCAGGUGUGGUGGACUGGACUAGUGAGGGACACCUUUGCCCAGUGUGGGGUAGAUGACCCUGCUUUACUGGAUAGACUAGCCAACAAUCUCUAUGACAACUUUUGUGGACCAGAAAACUGGGAGGUGUUUCCUGAUUCUAACAGCACCCUCAAGUUCUGCAGCGCUUUGGGACUAAAGCAAGGUGUCGUUUCCAACUUCGACAAGCGUAUGGAAGGCAUCCUGAGGGGAUGUGGCCUUCUCACUCACUUCUCAUUUCUCCUGACCUCUGAAGAAGCUGGGGUUGCUAAACCAGAUCCUGCUAUUUUCACCCAGGCGCUGGUGCGGUGUGGUGUUCCAGCCUCCAGUGUGGUUCAUGUUGGGGACCAUUAUGUAAACGACUACCUGACCUCACGCUCAUUAGGUAUUCGAGGUUACCUGCUUGACAGACAAGACUCUGAUGGGCACCUUGAUGUUCCCCCACAGCAUAGACUACAGAGCCUAGAUGAACUACCAGCUCGAUUAAAAAAGGAUGCAGACUGAGAGCGCACAGAUUUUGUCCAAUGCAGCUGAUGAUUUUUUUUAAUUGUUAAAAUGGACCAUAUUUUUUGCAGAUGCUUGUUUCGUAUGAUGAUAUCAGAAUGUGGGACUAGAAAACAAAAAAUCAUGUUCUUUUAGAAGUUUAGUUUUAAUGAAAUUGUAAUGUACUGCCAAUAAAUUAUAUUUUA